AUGUCCUGGAUAAAUUCCAGGUUGAGCCUGUCAAUCGCGCAAGCCCUCUUCACCCUCUCAUGCUCUCCGCCUCUACCAUCCUGUAUCCAAGGCGGAUCUCUCGCUGCGUCCCCCAAUGACUUCUCCGUCCACAACGCCGCGAUCCUUCUCGCAAAAGAUGACUAUUGGACGUACCUCCCCGCGGAGCCUCUUGGCCUCUUCCGAAUGGCCAUCGACUCGCCAUCGAUGACCGCGCUCCAGCUCUAG